AUGAAUCAACAUAAAUCGAAACGAUUAAAAAGAGCAUACGUGACUACAGCAUGCCAGAAUUGUAGAAGACGUAGAAUACGCUGCUCAGGGGAGGUUACAUGCUUCGAAUGCACCAAGGGUCAUAUGAAAUGCGAAUAUACACAACCAACAAAAAAGAGGGGGAGAAAGCCCAAAGAGCUUGUUCAGGAGUCACCUUCAUUGCGUGAUCAAACACUUUACGAACAUGAAAGAAUUCUUGAGUUUAAUAAUAAUACUACUGAUACUUCUCAAAAUUCAAUCCCAAUUAUUCGAAAUAAUUUUGAGCUUAAUACUUUAAAUUCUCUUCCAUCUUCCGUUGAUCAUAUCCACUUUAACAGUAUUGACGAUUUAUCCACUCAUAUACUUGACCCACAACCUAACGCUCUUAUUCUGGAUAAAUCCACUGAUAUAAUUGAUCCACAACCUAAUGCUCCUAUUCUGAAUAAUUUUUCCGACCAAGCCUUUGACAACUUUUAUUUAUUUCCUCAUUCUUCAUUUUCCACUUUAGUUAUUUCUCUUGAAGAUAUUAAUAUGGCGUAUCCUGAUUUACCGUCAGAUUAUCUGAGUCCCACUAUGAACAUUAUGUAA